CGGGGGCGGGGCGUAGGUCCGCGGGGCGGACGGCACUCGGAGGAGGGGUGCUGCUCGUUCAACGUCUGUGUCAGCCACAACAGUUUGCCAUCAACCGCUACCCGUCUGUGGGCCUGAUGUAGCAGGUUGUCAUCAUCUCUGCAAUGAAGGAAAUCCACUCCAGCGUCAUGAUUAUGAACUGAAGCCUCCCACCUCUCGCAGACUCUGUAAUCCACAAGAGUGAGUCACACUCGGCUGACAGUUGGGCUGAUGGUAGGUGGGUUUUUCUUCUUCUGAUGUGAGUCAUUAUCUCUUUGCCUCUGUCACACCUCUGUUCUUUUCUGCACCCUUUCCUUUAUUGCACCAGCCUUUGUGCCUUUCUGACUCUGUCCACCUCCAGGCUGUUGUUUAUUUUCUUAUGUGCAUGUGCCUGAUUACUUUUGAAAUUCAUUUAUGCUUCAUUGUGUGAUCUUUGUGUCAUACAAGCUAACCCAGAUCCAGUUUAUUUUUCUAGUACAUGUAUUUGUUCAUGACACAUUGGCCUUUUAAAUGAUUCAGAGGCUGGGCACAGCUGUCAUUGAGGCAGCUCGAGACCAUCUUCAACUGAUGAUGACAAUAUUUAUCCUAUUUUAUAUUUUAAAUGACAAUCAUAAUAAAGUUCCUAAAACUCUUGCACGAAGUUUCAAAGAUGCGAAUGAUCACUGGUUAAAAUGAAGAUGAGUGAUAAGUGAACAUUCCAGCCUCUCAUAACCAAUCUCUUUCUGUGUGCUAGACCAGCAUGACUACAUGUUCCUGAAUGAAAGAUGCAUGCCCCCUCUUUGGAUUCAUCCCUUCUGACUGCCACUGAGCCGAUCCAACCCUCUAUCAGACAGUCCCACCUCCACUUACUCUGUUCUCUACUGCUCUACUGUUUUCUAGUCUUCUCUCUGUCAGUCAUUGUCCUGGUCUGAACCUUUUGCAUGUAGAGAGAGAAGUGUUAGCCAACUGUUUGAUAGGACAGUUUCUCCCUGCUAUUCAUGAGAGGUCAGCAGAGCCAUAUGCAGCAGAGGGAUGAUAGUGAAAGGAAGCCCGAGGGGGUGGGCCCCUUUUCAGGUCCUACGGCUAGAAGAGAGGCAGAGGGGUCACAAGGCCCAGGCUUGAAGAGGGCCUCAUCGCAGUCAGAGCACCCUUCCUUCAGUAAGAUGAGCCAGAGCGCCAGGGAGAGCAUGGGGGUUCUUGGCCAGGGACUGAAACAGCUGUUCCAGCAGCAGCGUAGACGCCUCUCCCUCUCUCGCUCCAUCAUCCCCUCCUCGUCUUCCUCCUCGUCUUCUUCUCUAGUGUCAGCAGGUGGCACCUCACCCUUUGCCCCCGGAGACGCCUCGGGGCCCUCCUGUCCUGAAUCUGACCACCUCUCUGCUCCUGUGGUUCCCUCUGCAGCUGGGCAGGGCUCAGUUGCUGUGGGAAAGAUGAGGCGUGGGACCAGCCUCCAGAGCCGACGCAGUAAGGGACCCGGGUCGGGAUCUGUGAGUGGAGACCGUGAUCCUCUCCUCAGAGGUAGUCCCCAGGCCCCACACCGGCGCAACACCCACGAUCCGCAGCAGCAUACCAGCCGUCCACGCUCCUCUUCCACCACUGACACCACACCUAGCAGCCCCACCCCUGGAUACGCUGGCGGUGAAGUGGUGCUAUCAUCAGGAUACCAAUCCACGGAGGAGACGGACAGGAUCGACCGGCUGGAGGUGAGUGGGCUUGGCCAAACACCCCUCGCUGUUUCAUGUGGGGCGGACAGUUCAUUCCCUGGAGGUGAAGAUAGCACCCCAGACCCUCAGCGCACUAAACAAGCUAUUGCCCAGCUACAGCAGAAAAUCCUUAAGCUCACAGAGCAGAUUAAGAUCGAGCAGACAGCCAGGGAUGACAAUGUUGCUGAGUACCUCAAACUGGCCAACAAUGCUGACAAACAGCAAAGCACACGCAUCAAACAGGUUUUUGAGAAAAAGAACCAGAAGUCGGCACAGACCAUCCAGCAGCUGCAAAGGAAACUGGAACACUACCACCGGAAGCUGCGAGAAGUGGAGCAUAACGGUAUCCCACGCCAGCCCAAGGAUGUUCUGCGGGACAUGCAGCAGGGCCUGAAGGAUGUCGGAGCCAAAGUCACAGGCUUCAGUGAAGGCGUGGUGGACAGCGUAAAGGGAGGCCUCUCCAGCUUCUCCCAUGCCACUCACUCGGCUGCCGGCGCGGUCGUCUCCAAACCUCGGGAGAUUGCCUCGCUGAUUCGCAACAAAUUUGGCAGCGCAGACAACAUCCCCUCGCUCAAAGACUCUCUAGACGACCCCUCAGUGGAAGAAGGUGUGACGGGGGCUGGCGGACGCUCACUAGGCAAUGCUGGGCAUCACCUCCAGCCUAGUCCCAAGUACGGCAGUGAGGAUGACUGCUCAAGUGCUACGUCAGGCUCAGCGGGGGCCAACAGCACCACAGGGGCCCCUGGAGGUCCACCCAGUUCUAAGGGCAAUACACUGGAGAGGAGCCAGAGCUCCAGCCUGGACAUGCUGCUGCAGGAGGUGCAGGAGCUGAGGGAAGGCCAAGCGAGGCUGGAGGAGAGCCUUGAUGGUUUUAAGAACCACUAUCAGAGAGAAUACACCGUUGUAAUGCAAGCACUGCAGGAGGAACGUUUCAGGUGUGAGCGUCUAGAGGAGCAGCUGAAUGACCUGACCGAGCUUCACCAGAAUGAGAUCCUAAACCUCAAACAGGAGUUGGCCAGCAUGGAGGAGAAGAUCGCCUACCAGUCGUAUGAGCGAGCCAGAGACAUACAGGAGGCGUUGGAGGCCUGUCAGACCAGGAUCUCUAAGAUGGAGCUGCAGCAGCAGCAACAGCAGGUAGUCCAGUUGGAGGGGCUGGAAAAUGCCACAGCCCGGACCCUCCUGGGAAAACUUAUCAAUGUGCUGCUGGCCCUUAUGGCUGUCCUUCUGGUCUUUGUCUCAACUGUGGCCAACUGUGUGGUCCCCCUGAUGAAGACGCGCUCGCGCUCACUCUCGACCCUCCUCCUCAUCCUCCUGCUGGCCUUCUUGUGGAGAAACUGGGACGCUCUCUCGGGGUACACACACCGUGCUCUACAGCCACCAGGAUGACCAGACUUAGGCCAGCAAUUUGUUGCUUUGUUAACACCAUGCCAUGCGACUAUAGCUGCAGUCAUGCAGAAAGUUUGAAGAACGUGAUUCCCGUUAGGACGGGCUGCGCGGCCGGACGCUGAAAAUUCGGCUGCGCACAUUCGGACACGGCCAAUGGAAUCAUGAAAAAGAGGAAGAAACUGAGUAAAGUUGAGGACACUCUUGAUUGUCAUUUAGGAAGGAUGAGACUGUUUACAUUUUUGAAAAUGAACUGAUGUGUUGCUACCCCUCACAGAUUGCAACAUCGUACUGUUUUUAUCUUUUAGAGUUUAAUCAAUUAUAAUGUAUUAUUUCUAAUAAUAUUAUUUUUAUUCUCAACGUUAUUUUAUUCAGUACCAUGUAGCAUUACGCUCCCCUUGCUCUACAUGAAGGGGAGUUUUAGUCAGGAAACUGGGUUGACGAUUCUCCCGAAAGGCCCAGUCUAAUUGUAGAGACGUGCAAAUGUGAUACUGUGGUUGAUUGCCUUUAGGAAGAGAACUCUUACCUAGCUGUGAUUGGUAGAUUUGAACCAUGGCUGAAAACUUUCCUGGGAGUUUUUUUGUUGUUGUUGUUGUUGCUGUGAUGAAAUAUGUUCAGACUGAACAUUUUGAAGGACUGACCAUGACCUUUUGAGUGUCAUGAUGACUAGAGACUUUUUGUGCUUCCUUACCAUUUCUAAUCGAAAAGCUCACACGCUUUUACUCAUUUCCUUUUUUAAGUAAAAAACAAGACAAACUGUGUUUAACAGAGCAGAUUAUGAAUGAAACCUAAAGACAGAACGGCCCGUCUACACCAUAGAAACGGCACAUAAAGACACAGAGAACAUCUGGUUAUUGUUAAACAUCUUUCGUUGCCAUAUGUGCGACAUGUAAACAAUGCUGCAUGUUUUCAUUAAGACGAAUUACAUAGGAAUCAAGUUUGCUUUUAAAAGCAAUGACAGAAGGCCAAUGUCCAAGUAAAAUCAAUUUGCCAGGAUAAUUACCUCCCCCCCGCCAUAUUCGAUGUGAUCAGGUUAGGAAAGAGAGACCACUGGUGCUUAUCCAGCUCCAUCUCAGUUGGAUCAGGAAUGCUGCUGCUUCAUAUCUACAGUGCAAGUCGUCUCCACUGCCAUGCCAGUCAAAUGCACACUGCCUGUAUGUGAUUGAUCAGACUUUCACCCGUGUAUUCUCUCUGUAGCCGUCCUUCUUUUUCUACACUAUUCUACACUAUGGUGUAAUCACUUAGUGCCAAACCUUAGUCAACCUGGGGAUGCCUGAGCGCCCAAAAGGGUCCAAGCUGAGAAGAAAGAAAGGAGAGGUUGCUCAUCAGGUCUUGCUUCUAUUCAUCAUGAAUGUUUUUCCUGGAUGUCACAGAUUUUGGGAGACAUAACAUUUGCAAUCUGAACGUGAACUUGACUCCAGAUUUUCAGUCCUUGCCUCCUUGAGUACAGUUCCUUGGCUCUGUGUCCAUUGUUUCUUAAACCUGUCUCAUCUAGUCAAGGACGCAACACGAUGACCCAGCACAUUACAUAGUUCAUCCUGUAUUUCAAGCUGAGUCGCUGAUUUCCUAACAGAUAGUGAGAUCAUUUGAACUGUACAGCUGCACUUUAGCACAUGGGUAUAUAACACAUAGGUCAGGCUGAUGCUUGAAAGACCUUUGACAGAGACUUCAAAGGUUGUCACUCUUACGAAAGUAGUCCUCAGUGGGAUAAGAAGAGUUGACUCAGGUCACGAUCACUGUCAUCCUUGUCUACAGAUCAAACCCACAGAGAGGAAUGUAGUCCAUUUCCUGUCAAAAAAGUAGAUGAACUUUAUUCUUCUCAAGUCGAGCAUGCAAUUAAAAUGGCAUAAAGUAGAUUUAUUGAUCUAUUUCAAUUGUGCCAGACAAGACAAGUAAGCUGAUCUUUGACCGUAGCUUGAACCUUGCAGUAACAGCUAUGGUGUAGGGUUGUGUGCUAAACCACUCCAGUGCCUUUUGAUGUCCUUUUCUAAGUGUGGAAUAAAUAAAGUGCAUUCCUGACUUACUCAUGAGCCA